CAGAAGCUUGCUCUUGAUCAAAAGCUAAUAGCAGGCCUAUCCACGAGUGACCGGACGAGUCGUUUCCCGAUAGUCAGGCGAUAGCGGAGUACGACCCCACAAUGCCUCGGCGUCCGCUCCGCAAGCCAAAGAGCGGGGUGACCGUCACCAUGCAUCAGCGUUCCGCGGCGUAGCGCGGCGUAGGCUAUGGAGCGAAUGAAGACCUAUAACCCUCGGUCGAACCGUGAAUGUUUUCGCGACCUCACCACCUUCUUGCGACAGAUCGAUUGUGAUUCCCGAUUGAGCUAGAACAGCAUGACAGACCAGAAGGGCACCGCGAAUCAGCGCUUGACGCAAAUAAAAGACUUCCUCACGAUGAACAAGACGGCUACGACGAUUCCCUGGGAUCCGGAUUGCACAAAAUUUCCGACUCGGAAGGAGCUGCCCGAUAUCCCUGGUGCUCCUCCUGAGGCUGCGUGGGUAUGGGGAGAUAAUGACUACCUCGGUCGUCUCAACUUACUUACUCCGACACGGGUCGCCGCUGCGUCGAGGGAGAUCAAGACUGGCGAGAUCAUCCCAGUGAACCUUCCGUUAAACGUGCCUAGCCAACCUGCUUUCGGCCGCGAAGUCUUCAAGCACGAGAUCAAGACGCUGCAUGAAAACAUAGCCUACGAUGACAUCUACCACAUGAACACCCAGAGCGGGACGCAAUGGGAUGGCUUCAGACACUUCGCACAUAUCUCGACAGGAAGCUUCUACAACGGCACAAAAGGCUCCGACAUCGUAGGCCCAGCCGCAAAUCACAAAUGCUCCAUCCACCACUGGGCCGAACACGGCAUCGCGGGCCGCGGCGUGCUCCUCGAUUACCGCGGCUACGCUCACAAGAAGGGCAUCAACUACGACCCCUACGACUACUACCCCAUUUCCUGGGAGGAACUCUACCACUGCGGCAAGGACCAGGGAAUCGAUAUCCGACCCGCGUCUCAAGGCGGCGACAUCAAGAUCGGCGACAUGCUAUUCGUGAGGGGCGGAUGGAAAGAGGCGUACGAUAGCAAAAGCCCGGAAGACAGGGAGAAGGCGGCUUUUAUGCACGAUACGGAGGAUGGGCAUCGGUUCGCAGGGUUGUCUCAGGAGCAGAAGAUUUUAGACUGGUUGCAUGACUGCUACUUUGCUACUGUGGCGGGUGAUAUGCCGUCUUUUGAGGCGUGGCCUACGCAUGAGAGCUAUCAUUUACACGAGUACAUCCUGGCGUUGUGGGGCAUGCCGUUGGGCGAGCUGCUCGACCUGGAGAAGCUGGCGCUGAAGUGUAGGGAGAGGAAUAGGUGGUUCUUCUUUUUCUCGUCGGCGCCUGCAAAUUGCCCCGGUGGUGUUAGCUCUCAUGUCAAUGGGAACGCGAUACUAUAGCGCGGCAUUGGUAUCCUCGCGAGCAACCGACGUAGUGCGACGAUGCACUUUAAGAGGCGAAGAUAUUGGCAUUCCUCGUUGGAAAGCCGAUAAGCUCGUCGCGGGUCAAAUACACGUGAUAAAAAUCAACUGCUGCUUUGGCAUUGCCCGGAGCGGCGGUAGCAACAGCAGAUCACUUUCAUUUCCUGAUUCCGGCAAUCUCUGAUGCGGCUAGCCACGGUCCCAUUGGACCAGCUGACUAAUGUGGGUAAC